AAUGCCUUGCGGUGUCCCAGUUCCGUUACAUUGUAUUUACAGGCUCGCGCCCGGAGGGGGAGAGGGGAAUGUACAGAUAGCGAUAGCGAGCAGCCAAGUAUGCGCACAAUCAAAGUAAGUUUAUCGAAGCCGCAUCUGAAAUACCCCACUUUGUCGGAUGGUUUCAAUAUCUGACUUGGACUAUAAUUACUUUGAGCUGCCGCGUAACGGCGUUGCCAUUGCGCGAGCCACCGGGGUGCGCGGUGGAGAAAUAUGUAAGACUUGCAGAUUUCAUGCCACGGCGAAUCUCUAGCACAAGAACUCGAGGGGAGCCAGGAAAGCAGGCUGACAGCAACACUGAGCAGCACUUCUCCUUGGCUGCGGUCGGAUAAAGCCUGGUGACAUCUGAAACCCCCCCUCACCCAGGGCGGUGGAGAGAGGGAGGUGGCCCACGCUUCCCCCCCCCCCCCCAGCAUGGAGGAAUGACGGCCUGGCUACCUGCCGCGGUCAGGUGUGACACAGGAUGGAGCUGAAAGUGUGGGUCGAUGGCGUCCAGCGGAUCGUCUGCGGCGUCACCGAGGCGACCACCUGCCAGGAAGUGGUCAUUGCCCUGGCUCAAGCCAUUGGGCGCACCGGGAGGUACACACUGAUCGAGCAGUGGCGUGAGACGGAGCGGCACCUGGCCCCGCAGGAGAACCCCGUGGUCUCGCUCAACAAGUGGGGCCAGUACGCCUGCGACGUGCAGCUGGUGCUGCGGCGCACGGGGCCCUCCCUCAGCGAGCGGCCCACCUCCGACGGGGCCGCCCGGGGCCCCGCCCGCGGCCUGUACCGCCAGAGCCUCCCGCCGCUGGCCAAGCUGCGGCCGCCCGGCGCCGCCGUCGCCGCCGGCGACCGCGACCGCUCGCUCCGGCGCAAGGAGCCCAAGCGCAAGUCGCUCACCUUCACGGGCGGGGCCAAGGGCCUGAUGGACAUCUUUGGGGGGAGGAGCCGGGAGGCGGAGGCCAAGCUGCGGGCGCUGAACGGGCAGAACGCGGCGGCGGGCCCGCGGGAGGAGCUGGCCCGCCUGGUGCGCCUGCAGAAGGACAAGCUGCAGCUGCUGGAGCGGAGGCUGGAGGGCUGCGAGGCGGAGCUUCGGGGGUGGGCGGAGCUCGGGGGCGGGGGCGGAGCCGGCUCGGGCCCGGCUCUGGAGGAGGAGAUCCUGCGUCUGGAGCGCCACGCCCGGCGGAACGAGGCGGAGAUCGAGGAGGAGGAGUUCUGGGAGAACGAGCUGCAGAUCGAGCAGGAGAACGAGAAGCAGCUCCAGGAGAGGCUCCAGGAGCUCCGCGCCCGGGUGCAGGAGUGCGAGGCCAAGCUGGGCGACUACCUGGCCCGCGUGCGGGGCAUGGAGGCCGGCCUGGAGGCCGAGCGGCUGCAGCUGGAGAUGCAGGAGGCCCAGCAGGUGGACGAGGAGGAGCUGAGGGCCAAGGUGCAGAAGGUCCAGGCCGAGCUGGAGCUGCAGGCCCAGCACACAACCCGGCUGGAGAGCAGCUACAGGGCCGUGGAGAGGUCGCUCGGACAGUCCAGCAAGAGGCUACAGGAGAAGGAGCAGGAGCUGGAACAGCUGACUAAGGAGCUGAGGCAGGUGAACCUGCAGCAGUUCAUCCAGCAGACGGGCACCAAGGUCACCGUCCUGCCCGCGGUGCUGAGCGAGGAGGAGGCCAUGCACCUGGCCACAGACCUGCCCCUGCAGUCUGAUUCGCUGAAGCGCCCCGGCUCCUCCCGCCAGCUGCCCAAUGACCUGCGAGUGCUGCAGAACCCCCUGUCGUCAGGAUUCAACCCCGAGGGCAUCUACGUCUAAUCCAACCCCCCUCGACAGUCUUCCAUGGGAGCUCCGCCUCCUCCUUCAGCUGUCUGCUGGCCCCGCCUCCCCGUGGGUGGGACUGUUAUCUGGCUCCUCCUCCUCCUGAGAGGUCUCCUGUCAGAUUCAACCCCAGUACAAGACAACAACCUUCUGGCUCCGCCUCUUCAGGGGAUCCUCCCCUCUGGCCCCACCUCUUCAAGGGAACCUCCCCUCUGGCUCCGCCUCUUCAAGGGAACCUCCCCUCUGGCUCCGCCUCUUAUAGGGAUCUCUCCUCCCCUUUCUGUAGCAGUGACCAGGCCCACCUGUCCACAGUGUGUUGUGUCCUCUUGGAAUCGGAGGAUCCGGUUGGUGGACUGUCACUAAAAGCCCUUGGGACUGAGCACUCCCUGUUCCCUUUAACAUGUUAUCCUGCCUGUUCCCUGCUUGCGAGGGCAUCAGUUAACAAAAGCCUUAUCUGCACAUCUUCUGUCUGGAGAGGGGGCGGAGUCAGUUCUCUCUCUGGAGAGGGGGCGGAGUCUGUUUUCUCUCUGGAGAGGGGGGCGGAGUCUGUUUUGACUCCAACAGUCAGCAGUACUCCUGGAGGGAAUAGCAGAGCGAAGAUGCUUGUGAGUUCAUAUAAGCAGGAGAUAGCUGCUCAUCAAGGACCAAUGAAGGACCGUGACAUGUGACCCUCUUCACAUUUCAGUAUUGUGAAACUUUCCACAGUGUUGGCGUGAAAAAAAUAGCCAAAUUGCAGAUAAGAGUUUGUGAAAAGCUUGUGAUCACAUGGUUGAUUUCUGCAGUUUCACCACUAGGGGGCGGUGCUCCUGUCCUACAGAGCCUGCAUUAAGCUACCUGCCUCUGUGCUGGUGAAUAAGACAGACACAGCCAGAGCAUCACUGAUUUAUGAGUAUGUUGACACUCGUGCACAGCCUCUCCUGAUUUCCACAGGGAAAAAAACAUUACAGUGGCUUCCCCACUGUUCAUUGCAGUCUGUCUGAUUGACAGAUUGAUGCCUUUUGGUUCUAUUGACGCAUUGCAUAUGGAAAAAUGGGUCAGCAGUCGAUCACGUGAGAUAGGAAUGGAGCGUGGUCCUCUACGCCUCUCUGCAUUCCUCAGUUUCCCAGAAGUCACUGUGUUUUUUUUAGUUUUUUUUUUUACCUUUAUCAAUAUUAUCACAUUAUAGGCUAAGUUUGAAGCUGUAGUCUUCUCACGGUUCGUAAGCUUGUGUGGGUUCCUUAGACUAUGGCGCGGCGCCUGGAAAAAGUGAUCAAAUCGAGGCAGACAAGAAGGUUUCUUACUGAGAAAGUGUCUGAUUAACUGAGACUCUUAGCACGUGCAAAACCUUUUAGCGCAUGCAAAACUCAUAACACAACCAACCACUGGUGCACAACAAAUACCACGACCAAUCACUGGCCACGUUAUUGGCUUUGCGUGUGCUAAAGGACCAAUCAUCAGGCCCCGUGUGUAUUACAGCAGCCGGUGGAAUGUGCAGUUAUUAUCAGUUAUUGUCAGUUCAAAUUGCAAGUGAGGGCAAGUGUAAUUCUGCCUGUUUAGGGGUGACUUCCUUAACAUUGGGAAAACAAAGUAAACGAAGAGGUUGUUUCUGGUUCCUGGCAGAGCAAAUAUCAAACAUAAAUCUGUUUUAUUUAAUGUUCAAUUAAUGAGGGCAGACUUCUGCACAUAGUUAUUUCUAAAUCAAUUUAAAAAUAUGUUGUGGAAGAUAAAAUGUUAUCUCUGUAAUUAGUCUUUGAAAGCGUGGGCCGCACAGUUGGUUUGUGGGAGUGGGGUUUUCGCAGGAAGUCUGGCAGGCAGGAGGGCAGUAAACGGCACUGCUGGGAGAACGAGGGGGCGGAGCUGCCUGUGACCAAUCGUUUCUUUUCUGCGGAGAACAGAACAUUCUUCCGAUUGGUUCUGACAGCGAUAGGUGAUUGACAGCUCAUUGUAGCUCCACCUAUUAUGGGGUUUUUGAAACCUCCUUCCUCGUUAGAAAGGAAGACUGCAAUACAAAAGCAAGAAAGAUGCAGUUAGGUCUUGUGUCAAUGUGACAUAGCUGAAGGUUUUUUGCAGGUAUUUCCCACAGAAUUGGCUGUUUUUUAAGUGUUGCCGGUGGUUGAUUUUGAUAAGACAUCAAAUAUAUCUUGAGGCAUAUCUGGAGCGACAGUCACUCACUCCCAAACACAGCGACUGGAGCAGCAGUCUCUCACUCCCCAACACAACGACUGGAGCGACAGCCUCUCACUCCCAAACACAGCAACUGCAGCAACAGUCUCUCACUCCCAAACACAGCAACUGCAGCAACAGUCUCUCACUCCCAAACACAGCAACUGCAGCAACAGUCUCUCAUUCCCAAACACAGUGACUGGAGAUAGCUACUUAACCAAAGAGCUAGCUAACUAGCAACCAGGGGAGAAAGAGAUGACAACCAGUAAGUGGGAAAAAUAUGGAAAGAUAUAUUGAAGAGUGGCAAAGUGAAAAUGGCCUGAAUUUAAGAGAACAAAUAAAGUGUCAGUUGAAACAAGGUAGUGUAAUUGCAUUAAUGGCAAUAAAUGCCUUUGAAGUAAAUGCAGUGCCUUCUUAUUUUCCAGACUGGGAGGCAAUCCAUCAAAAAGAGGAAGAGAAAGCCGGAGACAAAGUUUCAACAGGGCAGUUUCUGCACUCUCACUGAGCUACACUUUAUUUCUGAUUAUAUGUCUAAUAAUACAAGGUAAUUUAGGACAUAAAUGUUUUUUUUAUGAUGGUAGUUUUCAAAGGUAGCAAUGCUGUUGGAACUUUGAAAGGUAGCAAUGCUGUUGGACUUUGUAUAGGGUUUGGCAGGGACAUAUUUUGAGUUUUGGUAUCGGGUUGUUGUUUUUUUGGCCAUUUCGGUUGAAUUUGGGCUGGAUUUGGGCUGGUUUUGAUUGGCCAUUGGGCUGGAUUUGGGCUGCUUUUGAUUGGCCAUUGGGCUGCUUUUGAUUGGCCAUUGGGCCUGAUUUGGGCUGGUUUUGAUUGGCCAUUGGGCUGGAUUUGGGCUGCUUUUGCGACGGGCAACCCUGUCUCCCAACCUCUGGACUGUCCGUUUCUGGGGUUGGUGGCUUGGUGUGGCCUUACGCUCUCGCCGUUCCUACCAGGGAAGUGGAAAAUCUGCGAGAGUUUCAGUUUUUGUUUAACAUAGCCAUGAGCACUAAAUUCCUGAAGUCCAUUCUUCAAGACACGUACUGAAUGCAUUUAUAUGUGCAGGACUUGCACUGAGGGGUAGAAACGCACCCAUUGCUGUAAACCUUCCUGUCGAUCCUGUAUACCUGUUAGCAGUUGAGCCGUCUGUUGUUUAAAUGAAGGACAUUUGUACAGCUAUCAAGACUUUGCCGAUGUAUGGAUUUAGCAUUUGUUCGGCUGAGGCGAUCAAAAGCAUGCCUUAUACAACAAAUGUGUAAAUAAGUUACGAUGGUAGUUUAAAAAUAAAAAAGUAUUUUUGAAUAUGUGUAAAACAGCACAUUGUUGUGUACAGCUAAUAUAAACUAACGUUUUUCUACUACGUCACCUUUAAAAAGUGAGCUACAACUAAAAUAUCACCGGUUAAAUGUUGUUGGAAUUGAGACUGAGCAUAUGAACCGUGCGUGCGUAUGGAAAUGCUAUUAUAUACGAUGUAUAGUUUGGUAAUUGCAUGUUUUUUUUUUUCCUUCUAUUAUGUCUGCAGCUUGCUUUGCUCACAUUGAGGUGUAUAUCUAAGAUAUGAUACAGUAAUAAACGUUUCAUGUCCUAACUGCAUUUUUGCGAAUGGUUCUGAAAAUGUUUUUACGUUAAGAAAUCGAGCGCACCAAUCUUUCGCAAUAACAGUCUCUUAAUUUCGUAAUAGGAAGUUGUAAACGAACGGACGGCCGUGCGUAUUUCGUGUCUGACGCCAUCGUUAUUCAGCAGUGGGCAGGAAACCUCGUGGAAUCACAAGCCCGUUUUCCCACUCACCGAAGAAACGUGUCACAGUCGUAAUAAGAAUUCACCCAAAUUAUCUGCAGAUGAUAAUACAAACACCCACAGUCAUCUGCUUCAAGGGAUGCUGCUAAAAGUUAUGAAGAGUUAUUCCCAUUGACCUAUUGACCUUUAGUAUGGUCUAUACGGCUGGCUUGGAUGCCGUGAGCGACUUGUCGUUAUUUCUGAAAUUUUCAAAAUGAAUCACAUAUACUUGCCCUCCAUCCAUCGAGUAACAUGGCGCGUCAAAGUUCCUAUCUUUUAGAAAUUCCUGUAAGAGAGAAUACACAGUCAUUUAUGUUUCAUUGCAAAGUCUCUGUCUUAGCUGUCUGUGAGAUACUGGUGAAAGGACUGAUGGGAAAUGUAGUUCAACACCAAACUGGAAGACCGGUUUUACUUAGCAUGAUAAGAGUUGCACCAACGUUUGAUUCAAAGCUUAUUAAAAAUGAAUCAUGCUGUAUUUGGUAUAUAUUACUACCACAAUAAACAUGGGUAAUAAAGGAUGCAUCUAACAAAC